AGCACAGUAAGCACAAAUUACAAAAAGCACGGACACUCAAAAACACACACACACACACACAACUGAUCUCAAAAUCAAAAUCAAAAUAAGAAAUCAUAAAGAAAUGGCGAUACGAUUCAAUCCUCCGGUGACGACGAUGCCAUCGGUGAAGUACCGAUCAUUUUCGUUUCAGAAACCAGCGAAUCAUCUAAGAUCUCAUCAUAAAUUCACCAUGGCUUCUACCAUUGGUUCCUCCGCCCCUAAGGUUGAAACUACCAAAAAGCCCUUUACCCCUCCACGGGAGGUUCACGUUCAAGUGACACACUCUAUGCCACCACAAAAAUUGGAGAUUUUUAAAUCUAUAGAGGGUUGGGCCGAGCAGAAUAUAUUGACUCUCCUCAAGCCAGUGGAGAAAUGUUGGCAAGCAUCAGACUUCUUGCCAGAUUCUGCAUCUGAUGGAUUUUUUGAAGAAGUGAAUGAGCUAAGAGAGAGGGCAAAGGAACUUCCUGAUGAUUACUUUGUUGUUUUGGUUGGAGAUAUGGUUACAGAGGAAGCCCUACCUACUUACCAAACUAUGCUUAAUACCCUAGAUGGUGUUCGGGAUGAAACAGGGGCCAGCCUUACUCCUUGGGCUGUGUGGACACGGGCUUGGACUGCUGAAGAAAACAGACAUGGUGACCUCCUCCACCAGUAUCUCUAUCUUUCUGGGCGGGUCGACAUGAGACAGAUUGAUGUGACAACCCAAUAUCUGAUUGGGUCUGGAAUGGAUCCCCGCACAGAAAACAAUCCAUACCUUGGGUUCAUCUACACGUCUUUUCAAGAACGUGCCACCUUCAUCUCCCACGGGAACACUGCCAGGCAUGCAAAGGAGCACGGGGACUUAAAACUGGCUCAAAUCUGUGGUAUAAUUGCAGCUGAUGAGAAACGGCAUGAAACUGCCUACACCAAAAUAGUUGAAAAGUUAUUUGAGAUCGACCCUGAUGGCACUGUUCUUUGUUUUGCUGACAUGAUGAGAAAGAAGAUCGCCAUGCCCGCCCACUUGAUGUAUGAUGGGCGUGAUGACUACCUCUUUGAUCAUUUCUCGGCUGUUGCCCAAAGACUGGGUGUAUAUACUGCCAAAGACUAUGCAGACAUUUUGGAAUUCCUGGUUGGUCGGUGGAAAGUAGCAGAUUUAACCGGGCUAUCUGGUGAAGGGCGUAGAGCCCAAGACUAUGUUUGUGGACUGCCCUCGAGAAUCAGAAAGCUCGAGGAGAGGGCUUCAGCAAGGGCAAAAGAAGGCCCAACCAUAUCAUUCAGCUGGAUUUUUGAUAGACAAGUGAAGCUCUAAAAUUUGAAUUUAUAAGUUUCCGUUCCUUCCAUCAAGUGAGUAGAGGUCAAAAAGUAUAUUAAGUUUCUGUUUCAUGUAGUGUUGAUGUAUUAUAUGUUGAAUUUGAAAUAUGUAGUGGGUUUGUGUUUUUGUAAACUUGUGUAGCAAUCAGACUUAUUAUAUAUAAAGUGCCAAUUUUUGAUGAUGGGCAUCGCCUGUCCUCUGUUUUUAA